UUUUAGGUGGGGGGCAAUUACUUGUGGUUUUUCGCUGUUGGUGGCAGGGCUUGCGGGGGAAACGGUAAAGUUUAUCCAAAUGUAUCGCUGCCGAAACGCUUGAAAAGACAAUCGUUGAUGGGUCGCUUCUUCUCAGUCAUCCACACAGAUAUGCAGAUGGUUGGCUGCUCUGAGGCGGAAGGAGCAGUCUAUAACUCUGUGGACGACGAGGACAGAUGGGUUGUCGAUUUCACCGCCGACAGGGUUGUGGAUACACAGCCCAGCUUUGUGGAUCACGUCAGCUAUGCCAAAGAUACUUUUCAGUGGGCAAUGGUCAAUCUAAUCACAUGCAGAGGAAACCUCAACAUAACCCAGAAAGCAUUGAAGGAUCAGCCACUAGAAUCUGAUCCUCCCUCCCAUCCCAUCGUCUACCCGAAAGACAACGUGGCUCUCGGAGAGAAGAACACACUCGUAUGCCACGUGAGCGGCUUCUUUCCGGCGCCCGUCAAAGUUCACUGGACCAAGAAUGGUGAACCGGUGGCGGGCGCAGUGAGCCGCGCCACCAGCGCCUUUCCCGAUAAGGACGGCUCCUUCCACCAGACCUUCCAACUGGACUUCACUCCCGCACAAGACGACAUCUACUCGUGCGUGGUGGAACAUCCGGCCCUGGAGCGUCCACGUAACACCUUCUGGACGGUGAAGGUGAACCAGCCGGGUAUCGGAGCCACCGUCUUCUGUGCACUGGGGCUGACUGUGGGACUUGUGGGCGUGGCCACCGGAACCUUCUUCCUCGUCAAAGGAAACAAAUGCAACUGAUUGGCUGGUGCACGUUAUGUCUUCACUUAUUUUUUUCCUGCUUGAAUAAAAAAUACAGUGAACCCCAGUGUAUUGCAGAAUAUGGAUGCAUUUUUAAACAACAAAAUGUACACCCAAACAUUAUGAUUAGGGAUGGGCCAGUACCGAUAGCAGAUAUGGGUAACAGUCUGAUAUUGGCCUUAUUUUAAGGUAUUGGGUACUUGUGGAGGCUGCCGAUAUCAACUACCAAUACUUAAGGCAAAACAAAUCUGGCAUCGAGUAAGUCCUCCUCAGUAGUAGGUGGCGCUAUGCUGUGAUGAAUAUUACCUGUUAAACAAGGAAAUGUAUUUGUUCACAUAAUUUUGUCAUUGUGUUUAAUUUUUUUACAUAAAAAUAGAGGUACUGACACUCUGUAUCGGCGAGUACUCAGAGUGAAUACUCUACUCAUACAGCCGUACCUCGGUUUUCGACCGUAAUCCGUUCCGGAACGCUGUUC